GAUUACAUUCUUCUUGAUCCGGAGGAGCGUAAACGUCUAUUUAUCAGCUGUGUUCAAAUUCCGCAUUCAAUCUAUGUGAUCCGAUCGCCCGUCCCUUGGCACGAUGAAAUGGAGAAGCGAGUUAAAAUAUGCUCCUAUGGCCUGUUUGUACCAUCAGCUAUGAGUCUAGCCCUGAACAGCCUUUGGCACGAUAAAUACGCCCAAUUACGAUUUGUGGAUAUUGAGACCAUCAAAAAAUUAGAAAAGCCGCUGACACCGCAGAAUUUUGAGGCAUUGAUUUCGAAACAGUGCCUUACAACAAGAGAUAUUCUUAUGAGGAAAUGGAUUCCUGAAUGUGCUGAGCUUUUCAUAAAAAUGCGGGGUCAAUGGACUUAUCUUCUUCCUGAUAAUCGAAGCUUACCAACGAAACAGGCAGAGGUGUUCUUUGCAAGUAUUGAAGCUCUCAUGUCCAAUCAGUUGAGAAGUAUUGUAGAGGCUUCUAUUGCUGAACUAACCCUCCUCUUUGAAGAAUACAGAGCACUGAACUCCUUCAAGGACGAAUAUGAUGAAACCGAAUUCAUAAAGAAGUCUGUGCUGUUAAUAAAGCUAAAAAUAGCAGACUCGAAAGUUACAUACUCGCCAAGAAUGAGUGAGAUAAGAGAACGUCUACUCAAAUGCUUUCAGUCCAUUACUAAUGCUGCUACAAACUUACCUCGAGUUGAAACGCAUCUAUUUCCUGAGUUGGCAGAGCAGCCUCUCUAUAUCAGAAGCGUAAGAUAUGAGGAAGGUUUCGUUACAGAGAGCACGGAACGUUCCCUGCAUGUCUUCCGAUUGAAUUCGUCGGGGCCAAAGCAAUAUCUAGAGUACUACCGUCCGUACCGUAACCUCCUUAAUAAUAAGGCUGAAAUGGAACUUCGAAGUUUCAUGAAGGAACGACACGUUCUAAUAGUGCAGAAGAAGAACAAAGGUCUCAUUCCUGCAGGAGAUCCACUAGAGGAUCAUUUGGAUGAAAGUCUGAAUCAGGUUAAAAAGCAACUGGAUGCCUUUCGAAAUUCGAAAAUGGAGAUCUUGGGAUUGCGAUACAGAGUACCACUGCAGCUCUUCUGCUUGGAUUGUGAAGAGGUAAAUAUGCAUUUAGCUGAGAAGGUGCAGAAAUUGCGCGAUAUUCUUGCUAACUACGAGCUAGACGAGGCAAGAGAUAUCAACAGAAGUAUUUGUCGUCAAUAUGAAAACAUAACUAACAAGCUAAGUGAAGAACCAGCAAAUACGCAGGAGUUGGUGGAUCUCCAAGAGUUUCUAAAGGAAACUCAAAACACAACCGCUUUCAAGUUGCUGGCUCAAGUUGGCGACUCUAUCGAACAUUUAAAGUUUAUUCUUGAUUUUACCUUCAUGUCAGCUGAUGACAUUAGAAUGAACAGCAAUGUGUUCCACUGGCCCGAAUACAUAAAGGAGAUAUUUGAUAUGGCAAAUACGCGUUUGGCAACUUGGCAGGAGGCUGCAGAAGAAGCCCUAAAAAAUCGAAUUGCUGCUCUGAAUAAACGCAUUAGUAGUUCUGUUGAGUUUGUUAAGAUUAUCCAAAAGAUGGAGGUAUUUUCACGGGAUGAAAUUAAACGAGCUAUCAAAACGUUGGAUGACUUCCAGGCGCUUAUUAAGGAAUUCAAUGAUGAGGCUGAAGCAAUCGCUACAGAAGAGAAACUACUCAAUGUUGAGGAGAGUAGUUCUUUUCAAAUCGCCGAUGUGCGAAAAACUAUGGAACCGUAUGAUAAGUUAUGGCGAACGGGUAAUGACUUUGAAGAGAAGAGCAGAAUGUGGUUGGAUUCGCCAUAUUGGAAGAUUGAUGCGGCCCAGGUUGAGACUGAAAUUGGAGAGAUGUAUAAGACCAUUCAUCGGCUGAAUAAAACAUUUAUUGAUCAACCGGGAUCAUUAAAGAUAGCUCAAAAAAUAAAAGCGAAGAUCGAGAAAUUCAAGGAGUACCUUCCCACCAUGCAAAUCGUCUGCAAUCCUGGUCUCCAACGUCGUCACUGGGAGAGUAUAUCCAAGAUAACUGGCUUCGAAGUCAUGCCAACUAAGAAAACACCACUUCAUGAUCUACUUGGUAUGGACUUGAGCAAAUUCCUUCCAAAAUUGGAGGAAAUUGCUGCAGCCGCAGCCAAAGAGCACAAAUUAGAAAUAGCGCUGCAAAAGAUGAAGUCUGAUUGGGAAAAUAUGAACUUUGAAUUGCUGCCUCAUCGUGAUACUGGUGUAUGCAUCUUGACAGGAGUGGAUGAUAUUCAAAUUUUACUGGAUGAUCAUAUUAUUAAAGCUCAGACAAUGCGAAACUCGCCUUUCAUCAAGCCCUUCGAGGAAGAAAUGAGUGCAUGGGAGAACAAGCUUGUCAACAUGAAUGAGAGCAUUGACGUUUGGCUCAAGGUCCAAGCCACUUGGCUCUACCUUGAACCAAUAUUCUCCUCAGAGGAUAUUCUGGCCCAAAUGCCUGAAGAAGGUCGAAAAUUUGGAGUUGUUGAUGUUCUCUGGCGAGAAAUUAUGGGCGAAACGGCAAAGAACCCCAACUGUCUUGUAGCCACCGAUCAAAGAGAUAUGCUCCGAAGACUGACUGAUGCCAAUGUCCUUCUUGAAGAUAUUCAGAAAGGUCUAAAUGACUACUUGGAGAAGAAGCGUCUUUUCUUUUCACGGUUCUUCUUUCUAUCCAACGACGAACUUCUGGAGAUUCUGUCCGAGACUAAAGAUCCUCUUCGUGUUCAGCCUCAUUUAAAGAAAUGUUUUGAGGGUAUCAUUCAGCUGAAUUUCACAGAACAACAGGAGAUCCUUGGCAUGGUGUCUGCAGAGGGGGAAGUGGUUCCUUUUGUGGCUAAAAUCUACCCUGCAAAGGCUAAGGGUAUGGUCGAGAAAUGGCUUCUACAAGUGGAGGAAAUGAUGACACAAAGCGUUCGGAAAGUAAUUUCUGACAGCAUUGAUGCAUACGAAAAAACCGCUCGCGAGAAAUGGGUUUUGGAUUGGCCAGGCCAAGCUGUUCUCUGCGGAUCUAUGGUUUACUGGACCAGUGAAGUUCAGACAGCAAUUUCAGAGGCGAAAUUGUUGUCUGAGAAGCUGAAAUGUGAUAAACAAAUAGAAGAUAUUGUGGAGUUGGUGAGAGGACCGCUAACAAGUGGUGAACGUCUCACACUCGGCGCACUAAUUGUUCUUGAUGUUCAUGCCCGAGAUGUCGUGGCAGAGCUUAUGCAAGCCAAAACGAGCUCUAUUACGGCUUUUGAGUGGUUGAGCCAAUUACGAUAUUACUAUUCCCCGAAGGAAAACAAUUCUAUCUUCGUUCGACUUAUCACCGCUCAGAUAACAUAUGCAUUUGAAUAUCUGGGAAAUUCCUCACGUCUUGUGAUAACACCUCUGACGGAUCGAUGCUACCGAACUCUGAUGGGGGCCAUUCAAUUGAAUCUCGGAGGCGCUCCCGAAGGACCAGCCGGAACUGGUAAAACUGAAACUUCAAAAGUAAAACUCCUCUUUCGUUGA